AUGGACCAUACCGGUACCGAGCCACCGACGCACCCAACUACCCAACCGUCUGACUCUGACCACAGUCGAGGGCUCAACGCGAAAAAAAUGUUGCGAGGAAGCCGUGGCCCACCUGCCCCUCUUCUAUCUACCCCACAUCUGAUCCACCCUCCCGCAAGGCCGGAGGCAGCCCCGCGUCCGCGGCCAAGUACCCAUGACGACGAGGCUGACAGCGACGCCGCUGCUCUCCAGAACUCUCCGCCGCCGCGUCACCUCGCGAACCCCGACACCCCUCCUCGGCCCCAUCGGCCUCGAACGAUCUGCAGGAAUCCCCGUUUCCCAGCCAACACGCGCCUCCUCGACCGCCUCGGGAGAUCGGGGCCAGGAACCACCACCACCGGCCAUGGAUUCGCCUAUCAAGGUGGUUUCCCACCUGGGGGCGGACGAGGAGGGGGAGAGGGAGAGGGAGGGGGAGGAGGCGCCGCGGCGAUCGACGCGGGGAAGUCGGCGCGGAGGCCGCUCAGCCUGUGGCCCGGGAUGUACCACUCCCCGGUGACCAACGCGCUCUGGGAGGCGCGGUCCAGCAUCUUCGAGUGGAUGAUGGACGCGGGGAGCGGCGGCGCCCCCUCCUCCGCCGAGCAGCGGCCGCAGACGGAGCUGCUCGUCAAGACGCCCGCGCAGAGCCGGACCAGCAUCGUGUACAAGUUCGCCACCGACGACAUCCUCAGGGAGCAGUACCGGGACCCCUGGAACGAGGUGCGCAUCGGCAAGCUGCUCGAGGAUCUUGACGCCCUCGCCGGCACCAUCGCCGUCAAGCACUGUUCAGAUGAAGAUAGCACAACAAGACCCCUUUUGAUUGUGACUGCUUCUGUUGACAAAAUGGAGCUGAAAAAGCCAAUUCGUGUGGACACUGAUUUGAAGAUAGCUGGAGCUGUUACUUAUGUUGGGCGUUCAUCAAUUGACAUACAGAUUGAAUUGACUCAGGUUGAUAAAGAUGGUGAUAAUCAGUCUGAUCCCAUUGCAUUGACCGCUAACUUCACCUUUGUUGCACGUGAUUCUAAGACUGGAAAAUCUGCUCCAGUGAACCGCCUUUCACCUGAAACUGAAAGAGAGAAGCAACUAUUUGGAGAAAGAGAAGCACGAGAUAAGAUGAGAAAAAGGAAGAGAGAAGAACAGAAGGGAGGACUUGAAAACGGGAUACAUAAACUCCGUGCUGAGGCUGAGAGGCUGGGUGCGUUGCUUGCAGAGGGUCGUGUUUUCUCUGAUCUGCCUGCUUUGGCUGAUAGAGAUAGCAUCUUGCUGAAGGAUACCCGUCUGGAGAAUUCUCUUGUCUGUCAGCCUCAGCAACGAAACUUGCAUGGUCGAAUAUUUGGGGGUUUCUUGAUGCACCGAGCAUUUGAGCUUGCCUUCUCAACCGCAUAUGCUUUUGUUGGGCAGAGACCCUGUUUCCUUGAAGUUGAUCAUGUUGACUUCUUGAAACCAGUGGAUGUAGGGGACUUUCUUCGAUUCAAAUCAUGUGUCUUGUAUACCCAGCUUGACAAUCCAGAACAGCCCCUGGUCAACGUUGAAGUUGUCGCUCAUGUAACAAGACCCGAGCUCCGGAAAAGUGAGGUUUCCAACACGUUUCAUUUCACCUUCACAGUCUGUAGUGACAUGUUGAAGAACGGCUUGAAGAUUCGCAAUGUUGUUCCCUCAACGGAAGAAGAGGCUCGGCGGAUAUUGGAGCGUAUGGAGGCAGAGGGUUUAUGUAACUAA